AUGGCUCAGACAGCCAUAACCAGCUUUUUUUCGUCAAAUACAAAAAUAGCAGAGAAAAAUAUGGCUCAAACUGCUGGCAAGCCUUCGAAUUCAAAAUUUGAUACAGAUGACGCAGAUGACAGCGAUUUACUUGCAGCUGUUGAAAUGUACGAAAAAAGUCAAACGUCAGCCGUUAGCACAAAUUCAGCUACAAUUCCUAAGUCUAAGCAACAAUGGCCGAUAUCCUAUUCAUCAUCAAAACAGCAACAUCAAGUACAAAAAUACAACAAACCUGUGCAGCAAACCACUGCAUCAGUAUCUGCUACAAAUGCAUUUUCUCUCGAAUUACAAUACACAGAUUUUGAUGCCGACUCAGGACGACUAUGGAUAUAUCCAAUUAAUUAUGAAAAACGUGAUUAUCAAUUUAAAAUAGUUAGCGAAGCAUUGUUUAAAAAUACACUAGUCGUACUACCAACAGGUGAGUGA